CACGUGAAGGCAGCAUCAUCACAACCCCUCCGAUGAUGCCUCCUCGUCUCUCAGAUGAACCCUUCACUGUGCCGCGGUCGCCUCCUCGUUAUUUCGGAUCGCUUGUACGCUUCACUACAGAGCACCACCUGAAUCCCCCACGGUACCCGGAAGAGACCCUCUAGACCCCGGUGGAGACCGGACUCCGAAGCGGAGCUGGAGAGGAAGCUGGAGCCAUGGGUUUCUCCUCCAGCCUUGGAUGAUCUGAACUAAGCUGGACCCACAAGACUCAGCCAAGCGGCCCCUGCCCACAGCGGGGGCUCCCCUCUCCCCGUCGCCCUACCCAGCUAUGGCAGGCUUCAAGCGGGGCUAUGAUGGCAAGAUUGCUGGCCUGUAUGACCUGGACAAGACGCUGGGCCGUGGCCACUUUGCCGUGGUCAAGCUGGCGCGCCACGUCUUCACGGGGGAGAAAGUGGCAGUGAAGGUGAUCGACAAGACAAAGCUAGACACUGUGGCGACAGGCCACCUCUUCCAGGAAGUGCGCUGCAUGAAGUUGGUCCAGCACCCCAACAUUGUGCGGCUGUAUGAAGUGAUAGACACUCAAACCAAGCUUUACCUCAUCUUGGAGCUCGGCGAUGGAGGGGAUAUGUUUGACUACAUCAUGAAACAUGAGGAGGGUCUGAAUGAAGAGCUUGCGAAGAAAUAUUUUGCCCAGAUUGUCCAUGCUAUCUCCUACUGCCAUCGGCUGCAUGUGGUGCACAGGGACCUCAAGCCAGAGAAUGUGGUGUUCUUUGAGAAACAAGGGCUGGUCAAGCUCACAGACUUUGGAUUCAGUAACAAGUUUCAGCCGGGGAAGAAGCUAACAACUAGCUGUGGAUCUCUGGCGUACUCUGCACCGGAAAUACUGCUGGGUGAUGAGUAUGAUGCUCCAGCCGUAGAUAUCUGGAGUCUCGGUGUGAUCCUCUUCAUGUUGGUAUGUGGCCAGCCCCCCUUCCAGGAAGCCAACGACAGCGAGACUCUCACUAUGAUCAUGGAUUGUAAAUACACUGUACCGGCUCACGUCUCCAGCGCCUGCAAAGAUCUGAUAGACCGCAUGCUUCAGAGGGAUCCCAAGCGACGGGCUUCCCUGGAGGAGAUUGAGAGCCAUGCGUGGCUGCAGGGGGUCGACCCAUCCCCAGCCACCAAGUACAACACUCCCCUGGUGUCCCACAAGAACCUGUCAGAGGAGGAACACAACAGCAUCAUCCAGCGCAUGGUGCUCGGAGACAUCGCCGACCGAGAGGCCAUAGUGGAAGCCCUGGAGACUAACAAGUACAACCACAUCACAGCCACGUACUACCUGCUGGCAGAGCGCAUCCUCAGGGAGAAGCAGGAGAAGGAGGUGCAGACUCGCUCAGCCAGCCCCAGCAACCUCAAGGCCCACUUCAGGCAGUCGUGGCCCACCAGAGUGGACAUGCACCAGGACAUCGAGGACAGCCUGGCAGCGUCCUCCAUGUCCCAUGCUGGAGGCCCCCAGUCCCCGGCCCGCAGCGCAGAGAACCUGCUAAACGGACACCGCUCCAAAGGCUUAAUGGAGCUGGGCCGCCGUGAGGACACCACACUGAGGGACUCGGCACAGGGAGCCACAUCUGCUGUGUCGGGCCCUGCUUCUGCUGGCUCUGGGACCGCCAGGGCCCCCACAGCGUCCACCUCAACAGCAGCCAAGCAGCGCAGCUGCCUGUUCAGGGUGGAGGAGGAUGAAGAGGAGGAGGAAGACCCGGCUCCCCUUCCAACCCAGGUGAUCCUGAGGCGUAAGCCCCCCUCCAUCACCAACCGCCUCACCUCCAGGAAGAGCGCCCCUGUGCUCAACCAGAUCUUCGAGGAGGAGGGCGAGUCUGAUGACGACUUUGAGCAAGACGAGGGCCUUCCCCCCAAACUCAGCCGUCUGAAGAUGAACAUGGGGGGGACCGCCGGGGGCCUGAGCGCCGCCGCCGCCUCUUCGUCUCCCAGCUCCACACAAAAGCGCUACCACCGCCGCAAGAGCCAGGGGAGGGGCUCGUCGUGCUCCAGCUCAGAGACCAGCGACGACGACUCGGAGAGCCACCGCCGGCGGCUGGACAAAGACUCGGGCUUCAGCUACAGCUGGAACCGGAGGGACAGCAGCGAGGGGCCGCCAGGCAGCUCGGGGGGAACCGGGGGGGGCAGCAGCUCGGGGCAGGGGGGCGGGGCCUCCGGGCCAGACAGGGGGAGUCCUCCUGCAGGGGGCGGGGGCGGAGGGGGAGGGGAUGAGGGUGGAGGGGGCAGCGGGGGAGGAGGGGGGGGAAAUAAAGGACAGGACAGUCCCUCCAGCUGCUGCUGCAACAACAACAACAGCAGCAGCCCCACCCCCAGCUCCCUGGCACGCCCGUCCCGCGCGGCCAGCCGCGGCGGCGAGCUGGUGGAGAGCCUGAAGCUGCUGAGCCUCUGCCUCAGGGGACGGGGGGGGCAGCUGAGCAUCGACCCCGGCAGCCUAUCAGGAGGUAGCGUGAAGAUCCAGGAGAAAUCCGCCUGGAGGAUGUGCAUCAGCUCCACCGCCCAUCCCACCACCGCCCCCGCCCCCGCCCCCGCCCCCGCCCUGCCACGUACCCACGCAUCGCACCCCCAGCGCAGAACAGCAGCGCCCACCCCCCACCGCGCAAGGGACGCUCCCAGCAGCCUGAGGGCUCUGAAAAGCAGCAUGCUCCAACUACCUCUGUGUGAGAAGAUCUCUGUGAACAUCCAGGGGGGGGGCGGCGGGCGGGACGGCCUGCUCUGCUCAGUUGCGCCUGCUAGCUGCUGCCACGUCAUCUGAAGCUCCGCCUCCAGGGUCACAGAAGACAUCACUUCCUGUUGAGCUGUCCCCUCCAUCACGCCUGCUGUCUGUUUCCAUCUCUGUGACCAGUGGUCUUAUAUGUUGUAUAUUUUAUUUUUUAUUAUCUUAAUUCAUCUUCAAACGAGGAAGGUUUGACGUGAUGGUAGCUGGGAAACAUCAAGUCAAUGUCAACGUCAAUGUUUUUCCAUUUUUACCAUUUUAACGUGACAUGUUAGUUAGCCGGCUGCUGGAUCAUAAACGUUUUUAUGAAUCUGACAGGAAAGCUUUUAGUUCGGACUCAUAUUGCACUCAGACAAUCUGUUUGUGGUUGUUUUUAAAAAUGAUUUCUAAUGAUUGGAACCCUUUAAACGUGGACAGCAACACAGCUUCAUGUAACCCGGAGCUUUACUCCUCUGUAGCAAGAUCACGUGUGACGAUGUUACUGACCAGAUACUUCAGAUGAGCUAUUCUUAUUUUUUAUGCUUUUACUGUGUUGCUGUAGUUGCUGAUGGAGAACAUUAGUUGUGUGAUCCGUUCAGUCCGCCUGCACCACAGCGUAGCACCACGUGUGCAGUGUUUGUAUAUACAGGAUGUAAAGUUUAUUUUUAAAACUUGUACAUUUCUGCUGUUUGAGAAAGUGGGCGGGCCUGUGUGACUUGUCAUUGGUCAGAUGAAGUGUGUGUGCAGGAAGGAAAGAUCACCACUUUAAAGAGAUGGAAGAUGGAAAGGGCAAACUCUUCGGGCAUUGGCAAUAAGCUUUGCAGUGUGUUGUAGCUAUCUGUACAGAAUAAUUUUAUUAGUUUAAUUUUUUAAAUUCCAGUCAAAAAAAAGCUGUUUCAUUCUCUCUCUGCUUGUUGUCUGACUUUUCUUUUACAAAGCAAAUGUAAAUAGAGUUGUAAAUAUGGUGCUCUUUUGCUCUCUCUCUCUAUAUCUAUAUCUGCCCCCCCGAACAGCGAGUGGACUCUUUGGUGCAUAGCUGUACAGUAUCUAGCCUUAUGAUAAGUAGUCCUGCUGUAUGGCUGUCUCAGCUCCAACAUGCUGUCAGGUGGGUUUGACUGUUGUCUUACUCAGCUGGAUCCAGGUGAAUGACAUGUGCAUGUGUUUCAGUGUUUGAGACAAUCAGCCACUGAAAUGUUUCUGGACCAAAAAGGAAGAAAAAAAGAGUUUGAACUGACAGAAAUAUUCAGUGUAUUAUUCUGUAGUUGAUACCUGUUGUCAGAAGUUACUUAUAGCUAUGGUAAUAUCAAAAAUAAAAUGUGGAAUACUGUCUCCUACAA